AUGACAAUUCACUGUCAAAGUGUUGGAUUUCAGAAAAAUUUACCACGCAAUUUAUUAACGAUGAAUGUAGUGCCCGAAAAUAUUGGUCAAAAACGAACAUGCAAACAGUCAUCACAAAAUGAUGCUGAUGAAACGAUUUUAGAAUGUAAAAAUGAAGGAAAACGCCUGAAGUUGGAAUCAGUUCACCACUUGACGUUAAGUAAUCAGAUGACAUCAACUCCGUUGGAUAUUCUAUCACCAAUUGAAGUAAAUUAUCCAUCUGAAAACAAACAAUCUGCCAAUAAUCCUGUUAGUUCAGGCAUAAAAUUUAUUGAUUGUGAUGAACUGGCUUCAUUACUAACCUCAAACUAUUCAUGUAAACAAUGUGUACCGCUCAUACUUGACAUAAGAAGUCUUGCCUCUCAAGCUAAUUUACGAAUACAAACAGCAAUCGGCAUACCAUGUGAAUCUCGUGUAAAGUUACGUCGUGCAUUGCCAGUGCUAAAUAAUUAUUUACGUGCUAGAGAACAAUGUUUUAAUACUCAUAAUCUAAAGGACUACCAACCUAACUACCGUUUAAUAAUCAUCUAUACUGAUUCUGAUAUCGGUGGAUUUCCUAUGUUAAAAGAUCUUCUUCACUGCUUGGUUAAACACUUGAUUGAUGUUCAUCAUUUAGAUGCAAGAGUUCUCAAAGGCGGUAUUCAAGAGUUUUGCAAUUCUUAUCAUCAUUUAUGUGAACAGCCGUUAGCCGAAUCUCAAUCUAUAAGUGAUGAUUCGAAAACCAGUCACACUGAAAAUAUAACUCAUAAUGAGUCGAGAAAUAUAAAGGAUAAGUUCGCUCAUUCUUUGAACAUUCAACUUACAAAAAUAAAGUGUCGAAAAUUAGAAUUCAAAUGUUCACCAAUAUUGUUACCGGGUUUAGGCUUGUCUGCAGGAAAUACAGAAUACAAGCCGAUUCGAUUACACAAUUCAGUAAAACAAUCUAAUAGUUUAGCUUCAACAAUAAUUAACCGCUGUAACUCAACUGCAAAUUUUAUUGGAAAACAAUGGAAUCUAGCAGGAUUUUGUGUAACUGAUAAUGAUCCUGGUGAUCCAAAAGAUAUAUUUCGUGCCGAAAUCAGUCGAAUAUUCCCUUUUCUAUAUCUAGGGAAUGAAUACGAUGGUCAAAGUGAAAAGAUUUUAAAUAAACAUGGUAUAGACUCAAUUUUAAAUGUAACUAUUAAAACACCAUUUCUUGAUGAAUCGCGAUUUAAUUGCUGUCGUCUUCCUGCAAACGAUUCACAUUCACAAGAUUUACGAUCGUAUUUUACAUCAGCAUUUCAAUUCAUCGAAGAAGUUCGUUGCUCUGGCAAAACUGUGCUUGUUCAUUGUCAAGCUGGUGUGUCCAGAUCACCAGCUUUAAUUAUUGCUUAUUUAAUGAACUAUUCAAGUUUGUCACUAAGCGAUGCUUAUCAAUAUGUGAAAUCGAAACGUUCGGUGAUUGCACCAAAUUUCGCCUUUAUGGGGCAGUUAUAUGAGUUGGAAUCGGACUUAACAUCUGGACGAUUAUCAAGACAGUCGAAUAUCUUAGAUCCGCUAUUAAAACCUAAUUAA